UUUUUGUUGCAAGCGGGAAUAGCUUAGAAACAUUUUUAGUCAUAAAUUGAACUCCUAAUCCCCUCCCUAAGAUAUAGGCUCUCAAGAGGUCAGCCAUUUGUUCAGAAAUUUCCACUUAUAAUUCCUUUUCUUUCCCCAAUUUGUCAAUUUUUUAUUCUUUUUUUCCAAGGCUUAUUUAAUGUGCUGUGUUUCUUUAUUCGAAAAUGGACAUACAAUAUCCCGUGAUCGUAUAUAACCCAGCAUCCGGAAAAUUGGCAGAUAAACAUUUCAUUGACGGGAACAAAUAAUACCCAAUCUGAUAAGACAAAAGGUUGCUGCCCCCACAGGUAUUUUUUGGCAUUAUGCGUAAAAAUCAGCAGCUUCUUUUUAGCGUCUAUCAAUACAGGAUUGAUACUGGCCUCAAUAAAAAUCGAGUUUUGUGAGUUGUUGAAUGGAAUGUAUAUUGAAGUAAUAUACUAUGAGCUCCUGUAAAUUUCGACCCGGAUUUUCAAAUAAAAUAGGCCUCUGACCAAACAUAUAGUUUCCUCUUUAUUCUUUUGUCUUUUGAAAAUCAUUGCACUGUUGUAUUGGGAAUGAAUGGUAUUACUACUACAGAACAUAUAUGGUACAGUUUCACUUACACUUGGCUGAUUUCACUCUGAUUUUCACGUUAUCCUUGCACUGUGUUUUAUAGCGACAUUGGUCCGGUUUGCCGUUCGCAAAUCCCUCUCUCUAUUCGUGUCCUAUCUUCUUAUUACGCUACCUUACUCCAGUGCGUCUUUCCAUUUAUCCAAAUAUCCCCCUGUAAAUUUGAAGUGCGCCUCAGUUCUUUGAGUUGACAUAGUUCGUCUGCUUGCUUGGUUCGCUUGGCUUUGCAGCUAGAGAAACUCCCUCUAUUUGCUGUUUUUACCCUAUCCUAUAUUUAUAUUUACCCGAAAUAACCUAAAAUUGGAACCUAAGAACCCUUCCAGUGACAGAACCACAGAAAACACUCGCCGCCGCAAAUCUUUCUAUUUCUAUGAAACUUUAUCUAUGAAAAAUUAUCUUUUUAAAUUGAUUCAGGCUAGUUUAUUGUCAGAAAAAGUUUUGAAACCUACUGCAAUAAAUUUUUUGAGAAAGUUUUUCGGCAUUGCUGGAGCUGUUUCUGUUGAACAUCAACACAGGUUUGCAUUAGCUUUAUUACUCUUCUAAAUCCUUUCCCUUCGGCACAGAAGAGUGAAUUUCAACUGGGCAAACAGUCUCAAUUUGUUCUUCUUAAUUUGUUCUGACUAUCAGAAGCUGAAGAUCCCAUCGCAACUCAAAUCCAACUAAGAAGAUUUACGAUUUAAAUACUUUCCGAGUCGGAGACGUGUCUUCACUUGAGAAAUUUAGUUCAAAGUUUAUUUCACUUCAGUUUCAAAUUGAGUUUCAAUUGAGACUUCUUCAAAUUUGUACCAAUUUAAAAUUUGCAACCGACUUUUAUCGAGAAUUGGAGAAGCCUGCUAAUGAUCACUUUUGAGCUGCCUUUCCCCGCAUCGAAGCACAACUGAAAUCAGAAAAUGACACCGUCAGUUACUGAAUGGAUUACGUCACAGAGGAAACCCGAAGAUACAAAUUCGGAACAAGCCAAUCAGAACGAAGCCGCCGAUGAUGUAACAUAUUACGCAACUAACGGUUCCGCAGUUCGCCAAAACUACACUGCAAAGAAAGAUGAAAUGGGUUCCGGCGAACAGAGAAAGCCGGAAUCGGAAACUGAAACAAAAAUUCUUGACCAAAAAACGGACUCAAACCAAGCGAUCAAACAUGUCAACGGGUUCCACAAAAACGGCGAAGUAAGCAAAAGCUAUAAAAAUGGAACCGCUAAUGGUUUCAAAUCAGUACCAUAUAUGGAAACUCCCCCGGAAGGUAAAAAGUGUCUGGGAAUAGAUGGGUACUGGUAUGACAUCGGCAGUUUCAUUAACAAACAUCCGGGAGGUCCCGUCAUUGAAGAGUUUGUCGGCUACGACGCAACUGACGCGUAUCGAAGCUUCCACAAGAGCAAUGUUUUAAAAGAAAGACACUUUCGGCCAAUUGGGUAUUACAACAAAGACUGGUUUGAGUUUAACAAAGCGAUGUCAAAGUUGCACGAUGAUCUGCUAGAAGAAGGGUUCUACAAGGUGAACUACUACUGGUACGCAAUGAAAUUCGGCCUCACUUUUCUGUAUAUAUCCUUAGUGUUCGCCCUGGUUGGCUUCUACGGAGACUCGUGGCUGGCGUUAAGUCUGGCCGCCCCCGUGCUGGCAUUUUUCUGGCAGCAGAAUGGCUUCCUUAUGCAUGACUUGAUGCACACUCAAGUUACCCAUAACCGAAAUGUGGACGAGAUGUUAGGAGUGUGGAGCGGAACUGUUUGUAUUGGAAUUUCUGCGUCGUGGUGGAAAGAUGAGCACAUGUAUCACCACGCACUGACAUGUAUAGUGGACUUUGCCAAUAACUUCUUCGACCCCCAGAUGAAGGAGGAGGUGUGGGCUCAGUCGCCCAAACUGUUUCCCUUCUUCCGCGCCACCCGACCCAAACUCAACUACAUACUAAUCAAGAUUCAACAUAUCACGUUCAUCCCAGUGUGUAUGCUACUGGGCCGAACAUCCAUCAUCAUCGACAGUUUCCACCUGGAAAAGCGAUGGUAUGAGUGGGCGGGUCUCUUGCUACACCUCACUUGGCUAAUCACUCUCCUCUCCUUAAUACCCACCUGGGAACAACUCGUCUUCUUCUACUUCUGGGCCCAGACCCUUCAGGGAAUCCUUCACGUCCAGCUCCUGUCCAAUCACUACUCGAAGGAGUUCAACGACCGAGACCAAAUCAUCACCGACUGGUACCGCAAGCAGGUGUUGACAAACAUCAAUAUCGUCAACCCCGUCUGGCUUGAUUUCUGGCACGGGGGUUUGAAUUUCCACAUUGAACACCACUGUUUUCCCAGAGCGCCGAGGAACCGACUUCGUGAGAUCUCGUAUCGUAUUAAAGACGUGUGCAAGCAACAUAACGUGCAUUACGACGAAUGCGGGUCGAUCGAAGUUCUGAAGAGGACUCUGGUCCAUCUGAAAAAGACAGGCGACCUGUUUGCCCUUAAAGACCCUAGAUAACUUAAAAGUAUGUAAUUGAAAUUGAAAUUAUUGCAGAUGUUAGUGUGCGUCCGGUCAAGUUAGCUUUUUCAUUCUAACUGUAUAAAAAUGCCUAAUAGAAUGUAAAGCUAUAUUUGUUGUACAUAAUACUUAAGUAGGCGUUGACGUGCAAACUCAGUACUUUAACGUUUUAGACUUAUCUAAUGCUUCUUGACUUGCUUUGGAUAUUAAAAAUGAUGCUCCAAUCGCGUAAAAGUAUCAAUUUGCUACAAAUUAAUUUUCUAAAUUUCCAAAUUUAAAAGACUAUAUUUUAUGAAAAGAAUUGA